AAUGGGCGUUGCGUUCUGAACUUCUCUGAAAGGUGUGGCGAUUUUGACAUACUGUGAAAUUCCUCCCUUGACAUCAAACCUCUCCUCUCACAUAGAUUAAGACUGUUUCUCUACAAACACAACAAUGUCUGUUUGGGAUGACUUGGACCUGCUCUUAGACUCCCCCUCCUCAUUGACUGUGACUUCCAGUGCAAGAGGAACUAUAAAGGACAAGGCAAACUUCAAAGUGGAAGAAGAUGUGGCUGCACUAAGGAAGGCCAUGGAGGGCCUUGGUACAACAGAAAAAACAUUGAUUGAAGUGUUGACCCAAAGAAGUAAUGCUCAGCGUCAGCUUAUUGCCAAGGCCUAUGAGAAGGGCACAGGAAGGAAAUUAGUAGCUGACCUGGAGGGUGACACCCAUGGAGACUUUGAAGACUUGUUAGUAGCCUUGGUAACACCUCCUGCUGUCUAUGACUGUCAUGAAGUCAUCAAAGCCAUCAAGGGCGCAGGGACCACAGAGAGUACGCUGACAGAAAUCUUUGCCUCGAGAUCCAACAGACAGAUAAACACCAUAUCUGAAACAUACCUGGCAGAAACGGGAAGGUCGCUGAUUCAUGAUCUGCAGUCAGAGGUGUCUGGAGAUUAUGGCAAAGCACUGCUCACCUUGGCUGAGGGAAAGAGAGACGAGAGCACCAAUGUGGAUACUGCCAAAGCUAAAGCAGAUGCUAAGGCGCUGUAUGAAGCAGGGGAGAAGAAGUGGGGUACUGAUGAGGACAAGUUUAUUGACAUCCUGUGCCACAGGAGUAUUCCCCAGCUUCGACAGACUCUGGUUGAGUACAAGAAUAUUAGCAAGAAGACUCUGCAGGAGAGCAUUGAGAGCGAGAUGUCUGGAAACAUGGAGAAGCUACUGGUGGCUGUCGUUAAAUGUGUGAAGAGCGUUCCUGCAUACUUCGCCGAGAGGCUUUUCAAGAGCAUGAAGGGUUUAGGGACCACAGAGUCCUCUCUGACCAGGAUACUUGUCAGCCGCUCAGAGAUUGAUUUGUUGGACAUAAGAGCCGAGUACAAGAAGCUGUUUGGAUGUUCCCUCUACUCCCAGUUAGAGUCUGAAGUUUCGGGCAGUUAUGGCAACACCCUGAAACAUCUCUGUGGCCAAGACGACUAACUCCUCCCAUUUCUUGUGAUGUGAAACAUAUGGUGUAAAUUGCAGCUUUAUCAAAAAGUAGACGUGAAGAGCUGCAUCUAAUGAUAAUGAUGACCAGUCACUUACCUUUUCAUUAGAUUCAUACCGAUACAUUUGCCUGAGCUUAGCCGGGACGAUGACUGGAACUAACCAUUUCAAAAUGCUUUUUAAUGUGGAAUUCCAAUAAUGUGCAACUAGAUGUUAAUGUUUUCACUACCGUGCCGUGUAGACUGGAUGAUUCAAACACCAACACUUCAACAGUAGCUGAAAUUCAUGCAUAUGAAGUUGUUUAUAUUCCAUGUGACUGAUAUAACUGCUAACGUCUAACUUCAGUAUUAUCUUGUGGUAUAUUGUAACACAAAAAGCUUUAAAGUUGGCAACAUAC